UUUAUUUAUUUCUGUAUUAAACAACAAUUAUGAAUGAAAGUGGUAAUAGUACAAAGUACGGUGAAUGUCGAUGCUGCUUAACAGUGGGAGAGCACAGAGAUCUGAUGCUGGAGUACGAAUGGAAUGGAACACGCGAAGUUUAUUUUAAAAUAUUUUUAGAAUGUUUUAAUCUAUUCCUCACAACAAAUUCCAGAAAGAGCACACUGAUAUGCACCUCAUGUAUACUCCGGCUGAGAGAUGCAAGUAGUUUUAAAAAGAUGGUCCUUGAUGUUGAACGGAAUCUACUUAGCUACAAUAUAAGCCAAGACAAUUCUACAGUACAGUUACCGAAUAUACAGAAGUCGGUUGAAAAUGAUGAACAUGAACAAUUUAUUGAAAUAAAAAAUGAGAAAUUCGACAACUCAGAAGGCAGUGACGUUGAACAAAAUGUUGGGAAUUCGGAUACAGAUGGAUUAUUAGAAGAAGAUACAGUAAAAAUAAACAGCAAAAGUUACACAGAUUCAAUAAGAGAUACAUUUUGUAAAAUAAAGAACAACAAUAGAACAGAGAAACUCGCUUAUAUAUACAACGCGUGCGUCAUUCUAGAAAAUUCGAACGCGACACCAUUCAAACCGAAGCUCAAAACCGGCUUUCCAUGCUUCUACUGUCGCAUGCUAUUUGACGAUCUAUCAAAAUUACGAGAACAUCAACGGAAACACACAAAGACCGAAUUGAAAAGAGUACUAAGGUCAUAUGGCGCGGAGAAUUUCGUCGUAUAUGUCGACGUCACAGAUCUUAAAUGUACAAUAUGCAACGAAGCCGUUCCAAAUUUGAACAAUUUAAAAAAUCAUUUAAUAAAAGAACAUAAAAAGGAAAUGCAAGAAUUUCCAGAUCGCGUUGUCCCGUUCAAAUUAACUCAAGGUAUUUUUGAAUGCCAAGUCUGCAAGUGUAACUUCGGAACAUUUGGAUCGAUAGAGCGUCAUAUGAACGUUCAUUUCAGGAACUAUGUUUGCAAGGAAUGCGGAACGGGCUACGUCACGAAGUGCCGCUUGAAAGUCCACUCGAAGCAACACGUUGGCGGCAGUUUUCCAUGUGAAAUGUGUAAAAAAGUUUAUACGACGCCGGUCAAUUUAAAAAAUCACAUCGAUGUCGUGCAUAAAAUGAUAAAGCGCUUCAAAUGCGCUAAAUGCGACGAACGGUUCACAGAAUACUUUAAGCGGCAAAAACAUAUGGUGGAACUCCACGGUGUUGCCCCAUUAGAAUAUAAAUGUAAUGUUUGCGAAAAAUCAUUCGAGCGCAAAUAUAUGUUAUCUAUGCACAUGAAAAGAGACCAUUUAGACGAAAGGGACUUUCAAUGCGAACUGUGUUCGUACACGUGUUUUACUAAAAACGAAUUAAAAGUGCAUAUGAUAAAGCAUAACGGUGAAAGAAUUUUUGAAUGUACGGUGUGCAAGAAAUCAUAUGCAAGAAAAAAAACGCUUAGAGAGCAUAUGCGAAUACAUAAUAAUGACAAACGGUAUGCAUGCAAGUCGUGCGGUCAAGCGUUUGUGCAGAAUUGUAGUUUGAAAGGUCAUAUAAAAACUCAUCACCCUGAACUCCUUGGUCUGUGA